GUCGUCAGAUUUAGCUCUUUUUGGGUCAAUUUUAUAUUCUUACAUAACAUAAACAACUAUUGGUCUGAAAGUGGAUAAGCCAAGGGUUUACUCAUCCGCAUCUCAUCUUAUUGUAAACCUUGUUAUACUCAAAUCCAUCCUAAGAUCGUCCGCCCAUUCAUCGUGCGCAGUUUUCCAUCUAACGGUUGAGACGUUCCACGCUGUCAGUCCUAAAUUUGUCCACGUCUCUCCUUCCAGCUGUUCACCAACAUCCUCUUCUCCCAUUGGUCGGUCCGCUUUGAAAAAGACGGGCAAGCGCAAAACCGUCCAGAAAAAUUCUAGCCACCACAUUCCCCGAAACACCCUCAAAAGUGCACCUACUUUGCUUACUUGGCCGCCUAUCUUCCAAUCCGAGCACGGGCGUUUCCGUAAUAAAAUCCCCCCACCACCGACGAUCCAGCACGACCGGUUCCAUCCGUACGACCCACAAAUGGAUUACGUGGCAAAACGUAAUUGGAGAAGCCCUGAUUUUGAUGUUAAGGAAGGAGAGAGAUAUUUAGCGGAUCAAAAAUAUCUGGCUAAGUCGUCCACGUUGGCAGUACCGCUAGACCGAUCUGGAAUCAGAUAUUGCACUUUUUUUUUUCUCUUCCUUUUCCUUUCUUUUUCCCUUAAAAAAGCGAAUUUCAUUUUUUCUUUCCUCCCAAACAGCCCCCCGAUUUUCACGCAAAUAUCUGAAAAAUCUCUUCAAUUUUUACUCCUUCUUCCCGGUCCAAACAACACGGUCCGAAAAACCGUAAUAAGAAUUUCAAGAAAAUCUCUAAUUUGAGGGCCGGAAAAGGAGAAAUUUAUAUGGGGGAAGAAGUGAAUAUGAGUGAAUACGAAGCUAAUGGCGGAGAGGAUGAAGAGGUCACCGCCGCUGCAGCCACCGCAACCGCCACAGCUGCCGUCGUUGACGACGACGACGAUGAAGAAAGAGUUCUCGAAUGGGAGAUGGGAUUACCUAACACCGAUGAUUUAACUCCGUUAUCACAAUCCUUAAUCCCACCGGAACUCGCCUCCGCUUUCAGCAUCUCGCCGGAGCCUCGUCGGACCACUCUCGACGUCAACCGCGCUUCUCACAGUACCCUCUCCUCUCUCCGUUCCACCGGGUCCCACUCCUCCACUACCAAUAACAACAAUAAUAAUAAUAAUAAUAAUAAUAAUAACAAUUUUCGUUCUUUCAAUGACCCGAUGGUAGUUGAACCAGUGGGGGACGGGUCGGGUUCGGGAUCCGGAUCAGACCCGAAGAAGAUGAGGAAGAUGGAUAUUGCCGAGGAAGCGGAUUCAGCGGUUAGGACGACGGAGAAUUCGGAGGAUCCGUCGGCGAGGACGUUGAAACGACCGCGUUUAGUGUGGACGCCGCAACUGCAUAAGAGAUUCGUUGAUGUGGUGGCCCAUUUGGGGAUCAAAAACGCGGUUCCCAAAACGAUCAUGCAGUUAAUGAACGUCGAAGGCUUGACCCGCGAGAACGUCGCCAGUCAUUUGCAAAAAUAUCGGCUUUACUUGAGAAGAAUGCAAGGGUUAAGCAACGAAGGCCCAUCGUCUUCCGAUCAGCUGUUUGCAUCAACGCCGGUGCCGCAGAGUCUUCAUCAGGGUGGAAGCGGCGGCGGCGGCGGCGACGGAAGUGGUGGUGGUGGUAGUGCGAAUGGGAAUGGGCAUAUGGGGAUGGCUAUACCGAUGCCUUAUGGGGCACCAAUGAUGCCAAUGCCGAUGCCGAUGUAUGGACAUGUGGGGAUGCAUCAAGCAGGGUAUCAUCAUCACCAUCAGCAACAGCAUCAUCAUCAAAAUGGGUAUGAAGCGAAUCCGUAUGGGAUUAUCCAGCGGAGUGAUUGCUCUGGUGGGAAUAAAUAUGGUUCUGUAGUGUCGUAUCCCCAUCAUAUGGCUCCCAAUGAUAAGUUAAAUUAGUUGUAUUUUUGUACGAAGAUUCAGAAAUUUUGAGCAACUUGGUGUUCACUUGACUCUCUGAAAUGGCUGUGUUCUCAUGGUUUCUUGACAGACAGAUGGAUUCCAAUCCUGAUGAAGCAUUUGGAGAUAUUUGAGUGGAGUUUUCAAGCUAUGAAUGAGACUUGAAUUUGAACCUGGCAAAGAGAUAAAAUCUCUCAGUGAAUUGCUUCCUUGAUUUACUUGAUGGCAGACAGAAGUUCUCUGCAUAUAUUACAUCUUCUACCUAGCUUAUUACCUGAUAGCAGCAUGGACGUACCCCGGCUGUUUACUCAGCCUCUACCUUAACUAGAGCAAGUCGGAAAACUACAUUCUUACCUUGGCCAUUAACCUGUGUAUUAUUGAAUAUAUUAAACUUUCUUUUUGGCCAAGAAACAAAAAGCCAAUAAAAAAGCUAAGCAAAAGUCCAUCACCCAUCUUGCUUGUUAUUGGAUCAAUGACUUUAUGAACUUUUGGCCUCUUUAUUUAUUGAAAACUUUUCAUCCUUUU